AUCACCUUACUAUGUAUAAGAUCAUAUUAAAAAAUUUCAUGCAAUUAUUAAAGAGGUAAGCAACAUGUAAUUCAAUUUCGCAAAUUUUAUACACCAAAUAUCAUGCUUUCUUCCAAAUUAUACGUAAAUUAGUUGUCUAGAUAUGUCUAACAAUAUAAGCAAGCAAAUAAUUAGAAUAUGACAUCAACACAACAUUUUAAACACACUGCAACAAAAUAGUUAUUAUUCAGACUAAAUUUUUAAUAAGCAUAUUUACCAUAAAUUUAUUAUUUACUUGCAUUAUCAAGCUAAAUUUUGAGCAUAUUAAUUUAUCAUGUUAGCCCCUCAGCUUAGUUGUUGUUGCAAAACUUUGGUGGAAUUGUUUAUACAAGUAGCGCCUAUUAAAAUUUUUUACAAAGAGCUAAUCCGUAUAAACAAUUAAAUUUGUUAAUUGAGAACAAAUGACUUAUUAGUAAGUAGUAGAAAUUCUAAUUCAAUAACAGAUAACUUUAUAUAAAUAAGUUUAGUUUCGUUGAUGAGUUAAAAAGGUAAUUUUUUUUUACCCGAAGAUUAUGGAUAGCUUUCAGUAAAAUCUAGAGAAUGGUUAUUUAAAAGUUUCCCACAUAAAACUACAUUUAUACAUAACUUACGUCAUCUAUUAAUUAUCUUAUUUAUCUUAGGCUUAAAUAAAUGUUAAUGUAUUAGUUAUUUGUGAGAUAAUAUUAAUAAUAUUUGCAGGGGGAAAAAAUACAAGGUAUUAUGUUUGGAGAAACUAUUGAAAUGUAUAAGCACAUGCUUCAGAAGAAUCAUGUUGUUUACAUCUCAAAUGGAGAAUGCAAACCAAUAAACCCGCUUUAUGGAAAUGUACAUGAGUCAAUUGAGUUGACAUUGACUAAGAACAUUUCUAUCAAAGAAUCAAAAAUAGAGUUUCAAUUUGAUAAGAUAUUGAAUAACUUUAUCUCAAUCAAAGACGCAAUUUCCAACGAGGAUACAAGGAAUAUAAAUGUUCUUGCAAUGAUAGCAAAUGUCAAGCCUAUGAUCAAGUACGUGACAAGAUAUAAUAAGGCAGACACAAGGCGGGACAUCAUUAUAGUAGACAAAGAUGAGAUAACAUUGUCUGUAACUUUAUUCGGAGAUUUAGCUGGCAAUGAAUGUUCAAUUAUUGAAGGAAAUAUGCAUGAGACAACUAUAAUAGCGCUAUCAAAUUUUAAAAUAUCAUUGUACAAAGGGGAGAUGUGCAUGACAUCGUAAAUUGCAUCGACAAUUUUUAUCAACCCUGAAAUAGAACUUGCUAAAGACAUGCGAGAAUGGUAAUACAAAUAAAAAAGAUAACUUAAUAAAUUAAAAUUUAAAUAUUUUUAAAAUUAUAUGCAGGGCUCUUUCAAAAGACAAGAUCAAGACUAAUGGUGCUCCGUCAAGGCUAUUUAAAACUGCAGCAAAAAUGAAUAUUAUUGACAUUAUGUAAGCUUCACAAAAUUCAUCAAAGGCACAAUAUGGCAGCUUUACUGGAAAAAUAAGUAAUAUCUUAAAUAGACAUGAGGCUUGGUACUACUCAUGCAAAGGCUGCAAUAAAAAAGUUGACAAAACUAUUUAUGACAAAUGUCAAAAUUGUCAAAAAAACAAUGAAGACAGCAUACCGAGGUAAAGUACUAUCAAUUACUCAUGAGAGAAAAAUAUGAAAAUUAAAUAUAAAAAUAUCAUCUGAUGCACAAUUAUAAUAUAAAAUGAAGGUAUCUUGUUAAAAUAAUAGUGGAAGAUGAAACAGAUUCUGCAAGAGACACUUUUUGACGCAACAGAAACUUUGAUAGGCUGCAAUGCUCAAAACUUCAUGGAUGAUAUAAAAGAG